CUUUACGAGUGAUUAUUGUUUUGUCAAAAAUAAUUGACUAAAUAAUAGUAAAUAUAAUAAAAUAAUAAUAAAAUAGUGUUUUCAUUGUUGUUGUUGUUAUUGUUUUCACUUGUUUUUCAAUCGAUCGGAACCAACAAAACGAUGGCCACUUCGGCGUCGGGCGACAAACUCAACUUAGCCGACGAUAUCAAACGGGCCAUUGAUUUGCUGCAGAAGCUCCAGAAGACUGAAUACAAUGCAUGGAUUCAAAGCAGUGAUGUAUCGCUUCAGAAAUUGUCGGCACUUCAGAAAGUCCUCGAAAGCGACUUCUUUAGCGCCAUUCGCGAAGUAUACGAACGGGUCUACGAAACUGUUGAUAUUACCGGUAGUCCCGAUAUAAGAGCUUCGGCUACGGCUAAGGCCACAGUUGCCGUAUUCGCCGCAUCGGAAGGCCAUUCACACCCGCGAGUCAUUGAAUUACCGAAAACAGACGAAGGCCUAGGCUUUAAUGUGAUGGGAGGUCGCGAACAGAACUCUCCUAUUUAUAUAUCGCGCAUAAUUCCCGAUGGAGUGGCCGAUAGAAACGGAGGACUGCGUAGAGGCGACCAAUUGAUAUCAGUUAACGGCGUUAACGUCGAGGGAGAGAAUCACGAGAAGGCCGUCGAACUGCUGAAAGCAGCCAUCGGUAAAGUGAUUCUUGUGGUCAGAUAUACGCCAAAAGUGUUAGAAGAGAUGGAAAUGCGUUUCGAUAAACAAAGACAAAUGAGACGAAAACCAAAUUAAUCAUUGAAUUAUAAUUAUUACUAUUGUUUACAUUUUAUAUUUAACUCUAUUUUUAAUUUUCAUUUUAACUUAUUAGUAUAAUUAUAAAUUAUAUAUUUACAACAAAUGUUAGGUAACUAAUUAUUGCUACAAUUAAUAAGUUUUAUAUAUAUAAAAAAUUAAUGUAUUUGACGCCAAUUCGAUGGAUUAUUAUAGGCCAAGAAUAUCGGGCAGUGAAGUAACAGAGAUAGACUUUUUGCUGUGUUUACCACAAAACAUAGUCAAAGAAAAAAAUGAGAUAAACAAACAAAUAUUAAUUGUUAGUACUGUUAAGUCAUAUAAUAUAAUUAUAAUCAAUAAUA